AUGGCAUCAUCCCUAGAUCUUUCAGGUUUUUUUGAGGAAGAGGACGUGUCCCAAAGGAAGAUCAGGUUCACAUCAACACACCCACCUGAGGAUUUGUUUGACAAGAUCGAAAAUUCUGCAAGUGAAAUGGGCUUCCAUGUUCACAGAGGCCACAGUAAGCUUAAGAUGACGCAAAACUGCAACGGAUCAGUGAAUCAAAAGAAUCCUGUUCCUGUGUCGUUUCUAGUCUGGACUGAGGUAUUUGAGCUUAGCCCCUCUUUGUACGUCGUAGAGCUCAAGAAGUCCCAUGGUGAUCCUGCAUUGUACAGACAGUUCUGUGAGAGGAUCUGCAGUGACCUGGGUGUGCUCAAGAUGGAUCAGAUCUUUGGGACGAGACCGAUCGCCGAUGAUCUUGCAAGCUUGGACAAACGAUCUGUGACACCUUUGGUUGCAUUGUGA